UAGGCGCAAUAGGUUCUAUACCGUUAUGCGCAAGGAAUGUCAGUACACAUGCUCGUUUUAUCGAAAUAACUUUGUUUUGAUCAAGCAAUUAUUGAUCACACUUAUGUUGAUUUUGAUAAAAAGCCAGGUGUUUUCUGUGAGUUAGUUGUGCGCGUCAACUGUGAGCGCUAUAGUGUGCCUUCACGCUCUGAAGAAAAGCAGCUGGCCAGUUGAAAAUCAACCCAAAGUUUUACGAACCUCUGGAAAAUGGCGGAUAUAUCACAUGCAGUUAGGCCGUUGAACGUUUUGGUGAUGCUUAUUGUUUUCACGACGAACUGGAGACAGAGCAGCUCAGAAAAAGGAACAGUUUCUUUGGAAACCAUAGAAUAUUGGGCAAGUCGCAUUGGUGAUGAGACUGUAAAAUUUGCAGAGGAAAUGAUGGGCGUUUCAACUUUGGCCAAGAGUUAUGAGUCAUAUGAUUUGGAAAUUGAAAGAGUUAAUGGCAGUGAACUCGCAGCUGAAUUGGCCCAAAAGAUGGAACAAUUUUUCAGUUGGAAAAACAGAGCACUUCGGAUUUUGGCCGAGAAAGCAGAAAGAGCAGAAGAGAACUUCAGAGAUUCGGAAGAGGAAUUAAACUACUAUGCUGCCAAAAAUCUUGAUGGCACCUUGAAGUUAAUGUAUGAUUCACAUUUUGGAGUGCCUAUCAAUACAUCAGCCAGUGUUGUACAUAUUCCAACUGAAGUUUAUGACAGAUCUCCGAAAGUUGCCAGGGACAUCAAAUGGACUAAGAACCUUAACAAAGUGUUUGUAGACAAUUUUGAGAUGUUUCCGGACUUAUCAUGGCAGUACUUUGGAAGUGCAGAAGGAAUUCAUCGCCAAUAUCCAGGAAGAGGAUGGCCUGUUACGCCUGGAAAGCCAGACCUCUACGAUGCUCGUAGAAGACCAUGGUACAUACAGGGAGCAAGUUCUCCAAAAGAUGUCGUGAUACUAAUCGACAGGUCUGGCAGCCUUCUCGGUUUAAGAACCCAGAUUGCAAAGUUGGCUUCCAAUGUAAUCGUCGAUACGCUUUCGACAAACGAUUUCUUCCACGUUGUUUUGUUCAACAAUGAAAGCAAACUGAUUUGCUGCGAAGACCAUGGGUUGAAGCUCAUACAAGCGACAAGGAGAAAUAAGGAGUUCAUUAAACACCAACUGAAACAGUGGGUGGCAACAAGCACGGCUGAUUGGAAACAAGGGCUGGAAAUGGCAUUCACUCUCCUAAAAAAUGCAAGAGAAAGAAAUGAAGGAACUCAGUGUCAGCAAGCACUUUUGAUACUUUCAGACGGAUCUGCGAGUUACGAAAAGGAGAUUUUUGAAAAAUACAAUCCAGAUAAAAAGAUCAGAGUGUUCACUUUUGUGAUUGGGCCACCUCAGUACAGGGUGGAGGAGCUUAAGGAUAUGGCAUGCAAGAAUAGAGGAUAUUUUCUUAGAAUUCCGAGUGUUGGCACCGUCUGGGAAACAGUCACGUCGUACAUCAGAGUGCUAAGUCGUCCUGUCGGCGUCGAAAAGGUGAAACCAACCAUGUUUACAAGCGUCUUCGUAGAUGCGACGGGAAGUGGACUUGUGUCAACUGGAUCGACUCCAGUGUUUCGAAAUUCUAAUACGACGGAUUCGCAGCUUCUUGGUGUCAUGGCUACUGAUGUUCCAGUCAAGGAUAUGAAUGAAUUUAUCAACUAUCCAUUGAUUGGACAUAAUGGAUAUGUGUUUGCAUUUGAUAAUAAUGGGUUAAUUCUAAUUCACCCAGGAAUCAACGAAGUUAAACUUGGAAAACUAUGGCCCCAACCAAACAUGGACAUCGAUCAACUUGAGUAUGCUGUUCACAACCAAAGUGAUGUAGCAGAACUUAGGGAGAGUAUGAUUUUGGAUCCUAAGGGAGCGAAGACCUUUGAAGCGUACAUCAAAACUGCUGAUGAUCUGAGAGUUUCUCGACAUCGCAUGGAGUAUCAUUACUUCAAAACUCACAGCAGCCCGUUCAGUAUUGGAAUGACGUCACCAGAAUACGGAUACAGCAUAGUAAAACCAAAAAUUUCAUAUGAAGAUGGGAAAGCGGCUUUAGAGACCGUUGAAAAAAUCAAAGGAUGGCCAUACUGCUCGAAAGUUUGGAACCAUAAAAACCUAAAAAGUUCAUUGAUUGCUUUGCUGGAGAAAGGGAUUAAUGGACAAAAAAUAUCAUGUGAUCAAAGGAUGCUUGGAGGGUUAUUAAUAGACGCCAACGUGACACAGAAUAUGUCAAUGGUUUGGAAGAGCAGCCAAGAAAGCAGACAAGAGCACGAAGUUUAUCAUGUGUUUCUAAGAACCCACUUUGGAAUAAUCAGAACUUCUGAUUCACAACUUCCGCUUGCAGAAGUUGGUUCAAAGGAUGCAAACUCUUCUGUGAAUUUAAACCCGGACCCAACAUAUUACGGACGCGCAGUUAGACAACCGGGCAGCGUUCUUACCCUUUCUGUCCCACCUUACACAGGAAAGGGUGUUUACAAAAAUAUUUUGUCAAUCUACGCUCCAAUCAACCUGAAGAAACAAAAGAUCACUGUGGCUGUUACUGGACUGGAAGCAAAUUAUUCAAUAUUUGCAGAGAAAUAUUUUGUCAAACAGACAUUGUGGUGCCCAGGAGGGGUACAUUGUGAUACAAGACUUACUUGUGAUAGAACUCAGAAAAAUAAGAUAGAGGGACUCUAUUGCUAUUUGUUGGAUGAAAACGGUUUUAUUAUUGGCUCCAAUGAACCAAGUGACGUGGGGAAAUUCUUUGGAAUAGUCGACUCAAAAGUGAUGGCAAAACUCAUAGCAAAUGAGACGGCAUCGCAAAUCGGUGUUUACAAUGUGAUCAAACUACCGGAUUAUCAGGCGUCUUGCAAACUCAUUGAAGGAGAAGGCAGCAGUGCUUCCAAGCUUCUACCAAUUUUCACUUCAAUCACGACCUUUGUAUCUUGGUUUGCAGCCACCGCAAUAGCUAUGAUGUCAAGACUCACACUAUAUAGCUUAUUUGGAUAUGGCCAGAUACGUGAAGCAAUGGCAAACGAAGGAGAUGUUAAGUACAUUAACUGCGUCAAAGAUACUGUUAUGUACCUUGCUGAUCUGAAAAACACUCGACUUUCGUAUAAAGGUAAUGCUACUUGCAAUCAAGACUAUUGCAGUAGAACAUUUGCCGUAUCAAGAGUGCCAAAGACAAACUUAUUUCUAUUAGCCGUUGACAGCACUUGCGGCAAAUGCGAGUCAAGUAGCAUAAAUGAUAGUGAUUUACCGGGAAUACCCGGUCGUGCCAAAGAGAUUAUCUACAAAGAGGCAAUUUACAUAAAACCAUCCAAUGUUACAAAGGUGCGGCAGAGACCAAGAUUUUGUUAUCCACCUAAAAAUGAAAACAACAGUCAGUGUGGUGGAGUGAAUCAUGUCAUGCCACAAUGCUUGAUUAUACUAACAAUGCUUGUUGCUUCCAUCCUAUUCACAAUGCCUCGUUUAGAAUGUUGACAGCAACCAAGACAAAACAACACCUUUGGUCGAUUCGAGUGUCUUUUAGGCCAAAUGACCAAGCAUAAAUUAUGGCCAAUCAGUAUUUGCUAUUUGUCUUCAGUUAUUUGGGUGGACUACAUUCAAAAGAUACAAAUGGGCCUAUGUAGAGCGUUCUACUGUCGAGGCAUUAAUGUUUCUAAGAAUAAACAUGCUGUAAAAUUACUGGUUUGGAUUUUUUGAAACUCUAUUAGUAGUGUGUAUCGAAAUUUCAGGUUUGAAUUUGAGGUAUGAAAUCAUGUGUAAAUAGUUUAUUUAUUACUAAACAUUUAUGGAACUCUCGUCAUGGAAGUAAAUAAGGUUUGGUCGUAGUAUCGUUUAGGCUUUAGUGAGCCUGCUCGUAACAGUAUCUAAGCUUUGAGUAUGCCAAAGGUUUUAUUGUGAUCUUGAUAUCAAGGUGGUCCAACACAGAGCCCUAUAGAUUUUUACCUUCUUGUAGAUUUAACUAUAGAAGAGGCAACUAGGCGCCACUUUGGCUCAAAAUCUUUGCAAAAUUGUGGAUAUAGAAAAACUGUUUGCAUACAGUACUGUAGGUAGGAUAUCUAAAUAGAUUCAAUUUUGGGGAUUCAUUUAACGCACUCCCUUUACGGAGACAUUUAGGCCCAGAAAGAGGCUAACUUGAAGGAAUUUGAACGCUAAACGUUAUUGCGGGAAUAAUGACACUGUCAAUCAAAAUUUUUUUGGGAAAAUGGCAUUCCUCGAUUAGUGAACUAGCUAUAAUCUUUUCAAAGAUGGAAUAACUUAUUCUACAGAAAAGAAAUGCAACAAUCUUCAACGACGAUGUUGUCUAUCUCAAGUCUUGAAUCGUAAUGAAGAAUUUUUUAUACAUUUCAACCAACCUUCGAAAAAACUUAAAUCAAGAAUACUUUGAAAACCAUAUUCUAAGCUUAUGUGAUAAAUUGGGAUAAACUUGGUACGAAUAGGAGAUAUUUGCGCAUAACAACAAAUAUGCUAAGUGUGAAGGGGUAUUGUAAAGUGUUAACAAAGGUAUCGUGGCAUUCGUGAAAAGAUGCAAACUUCAUGCACUGAUUAAAACCUUGAAAAUCAAGAAUUUGGAUUUUCGUUGUUCCUUUUUCGUUAUUUCAAGUAUGGUUUUUAAUAUUUCCGAAAAAUGU